GGAGGGGAGGAGGGGAGGAGGGGAAGAGGGGGAGGGCGGGUGGUGUGUCCUCGCGUCAUAUGGGCCGCCACGCGCCCAUUGGCCCGCGCCGCUCACCAGACCGCGUGCUGCCUUAGCAGAGCGGGCGCGAGCCGCGGGGCCGCGAACCGUGGCGUGGAGCCGCUCCUCCAACGUACGCGCACACACACACAGGCAGACACGCGGGCGCUCGCUCUCGCUCAAAAGGGGACGUGACCCGUCAACGUGACCGGCCCGCGAGGAGGAGGAGGUGGAGCAGCGGCGGCGGCGACGCAUGUUUGGGUCUCGGCUCAGUCGCCCGUGAGGUGCGAAUGAAGGCGGCAGCCUGUGGUGGCGCGCGCAGCAGCCAGAAGAAGACACCGUUCGUUCAGAGCUCGAGGACGAGGUAGCGAGCCGCUCCGAGCGCCUUUCUUCACAGCACAGCAUACCAUAGCUUUCCUCUCUCUAAGUCAGUCAGUGUUUGUGCCGUGCAGCGCGAUGCCGCGGCUGGAGGAGCGCUGGUGGAGCUGCCCCUGCUCCCCCGGGGUGAAGCCCGGCUCCGAGUCCGGCCGGCUGCCCUCGAAGGCGGCCGAGGCCAUGUCCGCCGUGUCGUCGGUACUGCGCGGCCUGCGCGCCGCCGGCCUCGUGCGCCGGGGGCUCGUGCUCUUCACCGUGGGGGUGCUGCUGGCGCUCGUGCUCAACCUGCUGCAGACCCCGCGCAACGUCAGCCUCUUCCCGGAGGAGGUGGUGGCGCCGCUCUUCUCCUCAGCCUGGUGGAUCCCGCCGUGCUGCGGCACAGCGGCGGCCUUUGUCGGCCUCUUGUACCCAUGCAUCGACAGCCACCUGGGAGAGCCGCACAAGUUCAAGAGGGAAUGGGCCAGCGUGAUGCGCUGCAUCGCCGUGUUCGUCGGGAUCAAUCACGCCAGCGCUAAACUAGACUUUGCCAACAAUGUCCAGCUCUCCAUGACCCUGGCUGCCCUGUCCUUGGGCCUGUGGUGGACCUUUGACAGGUCCAGGAGUGGAUUCGGCCUCGGGAUCACCAUCGCCUUCUUCGCCACCCUCAUCACCCAGUUCCUCAUCUAUAACGGCGUGUAUCAGUAUACCUCGCCAGAUUUUCUGUAUAUCCGCUCCUGGUUGCCAUGUAUAUUCUUCUCGGGUGGAGUCACCGUUGGAAAUAUAGGACGACAACUAGCGAUGGGUGGUACAGAGAAACCCCAUAGCGACUAACCAGGUGGAGGAGGAAGGGGCGGAGCUUGCAGUGCCAGCGCCAAGCAGGAGGGAACAACAUGCCAGCAUGUUUGGAGUCCCUGCCUGCUUCACAGAACCCUAACGUGUCCCUUUUAUUUCACAUGGAUGCAUCAGGACAACAAAGGCCUGGAUGUUUGGAUCGAAUGUGCCAAUUCUUGAUGGGAAGGGGGCGAGACAGGGGGCAGGACAGGGGGCAUGUCUUCCUGCCCUACAACUCCUGAUAAACCCCACCCCAGCAGAUCCAGGACAGUGUUUGGCCCUGAAAUUCCUUGAAGGAAAAUGUAACUGGUUUUAGUUUUAGUGUGCGAGUGCUUUUAUUCCCCUACUUUUUGUGUGCGUAUGACAAGAGGUCUUUAAGGAAAGAAGAAAGUGUUGGUGCUAAAAAAAAAAAAAAGUGCUUUUUAUUUUUAUCUUAUUUUCUGCAUGAUUACAAAACGUUCAUGAAAGGGAAUCGUUUCAGGGCUGUGCAAAAAUGUCCCAAAGGUCCAUCGUUCGUGAUGAGAUUUUACCCGCUAAUUUAGUUUCUCAGUGCGGUUUUGCUUUGAUCCAAAUACUGUACGAGCAGACAGUGUUCCCUCUCUCAAUUUACUGAAAGGAGUGUUACACGCCAGUAUUCGCACACUUCAUACCUCUGGUUUAUUUUCAAACAAGACUGGCACCAGUGUGUUACACUGAACAGAAGUAGACAAAAUGUACUUUUUUAAAAAAUAUAUAUUUGAAUUCCAUUUGUUUUCCCAAACAUUUAAAGAAUAAUUCCGUUUAUUCCCAUAGCAGCAAGGCAAAACCCAGUUGCUCGGUGUGAAAUGGACUUUUAUUAGCGCAAUUGUCCAAAACUGGACUUUUAAAGCAGCGAUGCACAAAACCCAACGGAGAACGCAUCCCGAUGCUGGUGAAACUCUGGGCAUUUUUAUUUGCAGAGCCUUAGAAAAUCUGCAAUCUGUGAUUGCCUUUGUAAUAUAUAAAUGAAGUGCUUUUGUCACUGUUAAAAGUUUUUAGUUUUACUAUUUGUACAUAAUUUAUUGUGCAUUUCUCAUGUGAAAUUGCUACUCGUAUCUAUCUAAUCAAGGUUUGGAAUUUCCACGCUAGAGCUAGUUACCACGGUGGGGUCCAGGAGGUUGACGUGCAAUCAGUUAUUGACCUGAGCCUUGUGUUCUUUUCUAUUUAUUACCAUUUUCUGACGUGUGUUACUCCGAAUAUGAAUCCUCAGAAUUUUAUGCAGAACUCAUGUAAGCCAAGCAAUAACAAGAUUCUGUCUUUAAUGUGUAUCCUUCAGCCAGAGGUCCGGCAGGGGGGGCGUUACCCCGGCGAUGCCAAUGACCCCCCUCGCGUGUGGGGAGGAGCUGCGUCGUGUCAAACUGCGCUCUCCCUUUGGGGUGACGGGUAUUGUAUUGUUGUUGAGGGUUGCCGCAAAUGGAGAGCGCCACCUAGUGCGGGGGGAGCAGUCGCACUGGGGAAUAUGACCCCCUGUUCUGUCUCCCCCCAUUUUUCAGCUGAAGUCUCGUCUCCCCCCCCCCCCCCCGUGUAUCUGGGCCGGGAUUCCAGCUACUAAAGGACGAAAGCUUUAGCGCUGGGUGCGAAGAAGCUGUUGCUUCUCUUUCUUUCCUUUUCAUAUACAGAAGAGCAGUGUGAGUGUGAGUGGGUGUCAUUGAUUUCUGCCAGAUGUUUAUCAUUUCUACUGCCUUGUAUCCGAGUGGGGAAAAGAUAAUAAAAGUGAAAACUCGCCUAUGAGGCCAAA